UGGAGAAACGGCAACGAAAACAUAACCUAAAAAUAUUUAAACCAAUAAACACAACUUAGAUUUGUUACAAAUUGCGUCAACUCAUAAAAUGUGUUAUAGUUUUUGUAGUUAUUACUAUCAAGCUUUUUAUAAGAACUUCUAGAAUUUAAUCAGAGCAAGAAUUUGACGAAAUUUUAUGAAGCAAGCCACUGACAAUGUCAACAAACACUGUAUCACCUAGAAACGAAACGAACAAUGAAGGAGGAGGUGACGAAAAGGAAAUAGAUGAAGGAGGAGGAGGAGAAGGAGAAGACGAAAAGGAAAUGGAUGAUGGAGAAGGAGAAGUAAAAAGCCAGGUGCAAAAUGUAUCGACCGAUUACUGCAACCCUCAGUUACCCGAAGACAUUACUGAGGAUGUCGGUGAUAAGUUGAGAGGAGAUGCAAUUGGUGACACUCUGUAUAGCGAACGAUUUGUGUUACUUGUUCUCAUGAAACUUAUCAAGAACAUAGAGAAAGUUGAAUGGUCGGAAGAAUUUGAAACAGAGAUGUGCAGUUUGUGGGACAUGACUAUUGAAAAAGACGUUGUACUUUUUCUACUGAAGCAUGAUUUCAUCAAACUAGCCACGUGUCUGCUGCAACUCCCCGACUUGGAGCCUAGAUUUUUGGAAAUAAUCGUAGGCAUUCUACACAACAUGUGCUGUGUGGAGGAAGUGAGAAAGGAGCUGUGUGAAAUGCCAGAGACCACUUCUUGCCUCAUGGACACUCUGUCUUCCAAUGACUCUCUCACUCUCGUUCAAGCGGUUCGCCUCUUGAACACAGUAGCCUGGGACGUGGUACACCAAGUGGAGGAACGCGAUCCGUCUCCCCAUUGGCUGGCGAGGGCCGUGGAUGACCUUCAACUGUCAUCAAGGCUCGCCUACAUUCUGCUGUCCUCGACUCGACCUGACUACUCUGCUGCACCCUCGAUCUCAUGAAUACGCUCUGUGUGCAUGCGCCUUCCUUCAGCGACAAGGACUUCAGCCGCUACUUUGCCAAUGAGGACAUAGCGUUCGGUCUGCUGGCCGCUUGGAGGCAGUUGUUCAGGGGCGGUAGCGGAGGCGGAUUGGAGGCGGCACACGCGGAUGUGCCAGCCAAGGCGUUGCGGAAGGCGGCCGAUCAGUGGGCGGCCAUUUUGAGCGCCUUUUCCGGACACGAGAUCGGCAAAAGUGUGCUGUGUUUGAACGCUGAGAAAAUCACUUCAAUUCUGAAUACAAUGCUGCAUCUAUCAGAAGACAACGAAGAUAUGCUGAGAGAUACCGUAGCAGUGCUAGAAGCUAUCAUUCCUAGUGGCUCUGAUAUUCCUACGAUUCUGCCCAAAUUAUUGAGGAUAUUGUACGAAUUGGAUAGAAAACCAAAGAAUGACGACGCAAUGUCAGAGGACUCGGAAAACCUAACCUUGAGAGAGGCACUGGAAAACUACUUUGAAUCGCUCAUAAUCCAUGUAGGAAACAAAUCAACUAUGGAAACCCAUAUGUCACAGUGCGACGAGAAUUUGAAACACCUUUUCUGGACAUUAUUGAGCGCAGAGAUCCUGAAUUGCUUCAGGAACAG